AUGGCCUCGAUGAUAGAACGACUCAUGGGCAAGGGGCCACAGAGCAGCGACAGCUCUCCCUACCGCCCCCGACGCGAGCCGCUCCCCUACGAAGUACCCGAUCCCAACGGCGUCGCAUGGCUGCUCCGCUUGCCAGAUGAGCUCUUUGAAAAGGUGUUUGAAAACAUCGACAGAGCGACUUUCGUCAGGUGUCACCGGGUAUGCUCUCAAAUAAAUGACUUUCUCAGCGGCAACGCCUCUAUGAAGCUCCAAAAUCUUCUACAAACGGCCUCGCUCCAUCUCAAUCCCAAUGCGCUCAAACCCAACACCUCGAAUCCCCAUCUCGUACCUCCCUCCCGAGCCUUCCUUCUGGACCAGCUCCGAGAGCGCCUGACUCGCUUCAGGACGUUCGAGCACAAGGAGCCCGAGACUGUCAAGUUUGAGGAACGGGAGGGGCGGCUCUACGAAUUCUUGGAAGGUAUCCUGAUGAGGAGUAUACCCCCGCCAGACGCAAAUCCAUGGACGAGAGCGAUUGGGCGAGAAAUGGGAGUCUACGAAUUUGACAAGAUGAGAGAAUGGGAGGACGUCAAGGAUGGGGAUGAGCAAGACGACUCGUCUGUAGUCGAAAGCGAUGUCGUCGAUGUCGAAGAGCAAGAAGAGUACGGCCAAUUCAGGCGUGUGACAAAGCUCGACUUUGAUAUGCUCGACUUUACAUUCGACCCUGGUCAAGACUUGUUUGUCGCAGCGCAGUUUGUGAUCUACAAGGCGGGGGAUAACCCAUACAUCAGCUCAAAGCCCGGGUUCCAAGAUCCUGGCAAUGUCCCAACUUCCAUGAUUCUUCUCCAUCUCUUGACAAUCUCAACGUUCCAACCACAUCCAAAGGCGAAAGACCCCGUUAUCGUAUGGCCUGGUAUCAGUCUCAAGACACAGGCUCCGUCGAUGGGAUUCCAAAUCUGCGAUGACGGGUUGUACGUUAUGAGGAACCAGAGCACUGGAUUUGGAGGAAGGGACAUGCUUUGUGGAUGGCAGUGGACUACUGGUCGGCACGCUGUGACAUUGACUGCCUCGAAUGCGUCAACCUUCGAGUCGUUUGUCAUGCUCAGCCCCUCGUCUUUCGCCAUCCCGUCUGUCAAGACUGCUAUCCGCCAAGAAGCAGAUAUCGUGGAUACGAUGCCGAGUCACACCGACCUCCUCUUUACUCAUCAUCUCCACAUCUAUGCUUUCCCGCCUCUUUCCUCAGCGACAUUCAAGGCGGGCGAGCCAGUUCCACCACCCCACACUGCGACACACGUAACCACUAUCGACAUGCCCGAGUUUGUCGUCGACUUUGAUGAUCAAAUACCUCCUCCGCGCAUGACUAUCCGAGCCGAUCCUCCGCCAAGGUAUACGUUCCCUACCUACCCGUUGGCCAACCCUCAACCAUUUGUGCCGGACCCUGAAAGCGGGGUCUUUAUCAUCGAAUUCUACUGCCAGCCCUACUCAGAAGUGCCCAUCCACUAUGUCAUGUUUAUCAUGCGAAAGAUGCUGUUACAGUAUCUCCCUGCACCAACAAGUCCCCUGCUCUAUCAGACCUUUACCCGGCCUGCCCCCGUCGUGCCAUUCUCCAAGAUUGCGCCAAAGUGUAGACUGCUUGGACCUCACCAAAAAGUCCCUUCUUGGGUUUGCUACGUCUACCAGGACCGUUACGUUACCAAGGAGGAAAUCCCAAUCGGUAACAAAUUGUUGCUGUACGAUUUCAAUCCUCUCCGUGUCCGACAAGCUCUCCAGGAUCCCAACAUUGCGGUCCAGCUGCAGAGCGGGGCUUUGGAAGUGAUGAAUCAAGAGACGGUCAUCGAGGCGCACAAAGACUAUGAGUUUAGUGUGUUGGCUGAAAAGACGGUAACGGGGAAGGAGUUGCCUUGUUUGGUCACCAAACAUAAGCCAGUCUUUGAAGGCGAAGAUGAUGAGGUUGAUACCAUCAUCAUCGACCAAGAGAGGAUUAUCGUCUUUGAUGACGCAGAGGAGGAGGAGGCGCGUUACAUGCGUGUAAUGGAGUUUUAG